UGCAUGUACGUGGAUGCCAACUGCUUCCAAACAUCAUUGAAGAAAAAGAUCCGGCAUUUCGUAAUUUUGCAUCGAGUCUUGGUUUCAAACGAGAACGGAGUAGAGGGUGGGGGCUUGGUUCUAAAAGUGCUUCAGUAGUAACCAGGCAGUAAAAGUAACGAAAACGAUACAAGCCUCGGUACACUGCUACACGGAAACGACCGCAACUGCGGAAGUAGGCUACUCGACAGACGCUUAGUUCGAGACUUCGAGUAGCAAUACUGUAAUCAGUAGUUACAACUAGGUAACAUUUUCAGCGGCAAGCUGCUGUUUGUUGGAACUGUCUGGAGGCAGCAAGCCUCAAUCAAAAAAAAUCUACAAUGCGACUUGUUAUUCUGGAGGACUAUGAUUUGGCUUGCGAAUGGGCAGCGAAAUAUAUUCGCAACAGAAUCGUCCAGUUUAAGCCCAAUGCAGACAAAUACUUUACUUUGGGGUUACCAACAGGAAGCACUCCAUAUGGCUGCUACAAAAAGUUGAUUGAGUAUCACAUGAGUGGGGACCUCUCUUUCAAAUAUGUGAAGACCUUCAACAUGGAUGAGUAUGUGGGUCUUCCUCAGAAUCAUCCUGAGAGCUACCACUCCUAUAUGUGGAACAAUUUCUUUAAACAUAUUGACAUCAAUCCUGCCAACGCCCAUAUCCUUGAUGGCAACGCAACAGACCUGGUGGCAGAGUGUGAGGCCUUUGAACAGAAGAUUUCCCAAGCAGGAGGAAUCGACCUGUUUGUAGGGGGGAUCGGACCUGAUGGCCACAUUGCCUUCAAUGAGCCAGGCUCAAGUCUCGUAUCCAGAACCAGAGUCAAGACUCUUGCCAAGGACACCAUAGUGGCCAACGCCCGUUUCUUUGGCAAUGACCUAUCCAAGGUCCCUACCAUGGCUUUAACAGUGGGAGUGGGUACUGUUAUGGAUGCCAGAGAGGUCAUGAUUGUCAUCACAGGUGCACACAAAGCUUUUGCUUUGUAUAAAGCAAUAGAAGACGGUGUUAACCAUAUGUGGACUGUGUCAGCCUUUCAGCAGCACCCCCGUACCAUUUUUGUGUGUGAUGAGGAUGCCACAUUGGAACUGCGAGUCAAAACGGUCAAGUAUUUCAAAGGUCUGAUGCAUGUUCACAACAGAUUGGUGGACCCAGUGCUCAGUAUAAAGGACCAGUGAGUGGAUGGUGAGACCAAGGCAGAUAUUUUGUACCUCAAAACGUAAGAUGCGUGUAUUCAGAUACUGUAAUUAUAACCAAGGUGGCCAUUUGGACAAUCCUGCGAUUCAGCUGUCAGUUGUGCCAGCUUCUGUACAUCUACUUCUGUACCCAACAGUUGACUUAUGACUACUGUGUCAUUUUUGCAUUGGUUAGACUAGCUUGGUAAGUUCUAUAAGGGUAUUACAAACGCUUAUUCUGUGACUGCAUAUGGCAUGGACAGAGUUGGCCAACCAUCUCUGGAGGGCAAAGACACUAAUCAACCAAUCAUAGUUCUUAAGUGUUGAAUAUAUCAUGUCACAUGUUUGAAUGUAGCAAUUUAAUCCCGACACCCUGCCAAAGCAGAUAUCGGCUUGGAAGACAGUAAUGAACACGGAUAAGGUUUAAUAAGCAUCGGUUGUUCACGGGUGUUUCAAAAUGUCUAGUUAAAACCACUCAACCUGUUCCGUUCAUUUAUUUGGUAUCAUUUUAUGGCACUAUGAUUGGUUUCCCAAUCUGUUUGUCAGGAAAUCAGGAACUUGUAUUGAAGGAAUUAUAAUUGUUAUAGUAUACUGUACACAAGCUACAAACAGCUGCAAAGAUUUUGCAGCUGUCUCAUCAUUUUGGAAUUAAAAUGGGUUUUCCCAAUAGUAGAGACAUAAAAGCAACCCAAGUCAAUUAAAGGAUUUCAAACAUAAAUAUAGCUUCAAGCAACUGUUGUUACGAGCUCCUCCAUAGGGGAAAGGUGAAAUAAGGCUCACAUACCUACCAUUUACUUAAAGAUUUUCACUGUAGAAAAAUCCAUUAUGGCAGACUUGAUGGACUCGAUGGAUGAAAAAGGUGCCACGUUUUUGAAAUGUAAGUUAGAUUGGGUGGAUAGGCCAUCGUUUUUAAAAUGAAACUUGAAUGUGAACUGUAGUACCCCUUAUGGCCGGAUCUGGUUUUACUGUAGGUAAAAGUUGUGCAAAAGUUUAUAAUUUUAGGUCAAGUAUUUUGGGAGUCAUUUGCCGUCUUUGGGCCAAAUUGUCUGUUACAAUGUUAUUUUCAUGUAAGUAGAUUCCUGUUGUUGUACAUUCCAUGUUCAGUCUUCUCAAUGCACCAAUAAUUUUCACACACGUCUGGGCUUCAGAAGUAACUUAAUAGAUGUUGCAUACAACAUGCUAGCUUGUGACUAAUAAAGAUGAUUUUGAAGAGGA